CCCUCACAUUGCGCCGCCGCCCGCCGCUCUCUCCCUCCCGAGAGGAGAGAAAACCUCACCUCCCCGACGCCACCGUCGUCCUAUUCUCCGUCCGAGCACGGGAGCAGAACCGCCGCGAUCCUCCCCAUCCUCCUCGUCGAAGACCGGAGCCCGGAACUUCCUCGAACGGCAUCGCCGACGUCGUCUUCGUCCGCCCGAGAGGAGCGCACGUCGUCUACCUCGUCUUCGUCGAGCCUGUAUGGAUUCAUCGGCCGCAGCACCUAUGUCGAAGAACAGGCCCUGCGGGAAACUUGAGGCCAGAGCAUUGAAGGAUAGGCAGAGUGUUGUCUUAGUCGUUCUGUUUAGACAAAACGGGAGAGCCAGUUUAGGGUCCGGUUUUGUAAUCAGAAGUGAUAAACAGGCAAAUCAGUCUAUUAUCCUGAGUUGUGAUCACAUUCUGGGCAGAGUGGCGGCUACGGAUAGGCUGUAUGUAAGAACAAUGGUGGCGGAGGGCAUUGAGGAGCUACCUGCGAGCAUUAUAUACCAAAAUUUUGCCAUGGAUGUGUCUAUACUUAGAGUUCCAGGAUUACUGAGUGUGCCCCCACUACAUUUUGCUCCUAACUGCCUCCCAGGAGAUCAUGUCAUGGCGGUUGGUUAUGGCCACCCGAUCGCUUUGGACCCAAAUUCACCAGACACGCCCUUUGCUGGUUUCAACAUUACCAGGAUGCCUGCUACAUCCCCAGGGUUUGUCAGGCCCGUGGGAACAAUUUACAAGACGACUUUCAAUGACGUCAAACUUAACCACGUAUCUCUAGACUGUGUGGUAAUAGAUGGUAUGUCUGGUGGUGCUGUCCUAUCAUUGAAUGGUGUUAUCGGGCUUAUCGUUUCAAGUCGACGCGGCGAAAGUUUUGCUGUUUCCUGUGAUACAAUUCUGCAGGUCUUGAAACACAGCAUUGGUCUCGAUCUCCGUGUUCCUAUGACUAUGGAGCAAGUGAUUAAUUUGAUCAGAUGAUGCACUGGCACUGUGUAAAUAUAGCACAAGGGCUCCCUUGCCUGUGAGAUGGUAGCCUGGAGCCAACGACCGGUACACAAGAGGUAGAAACCUGAAAUGUAUCACCUAAAUUGCAUGCUCCACAGUUGGAAGUGCAUUAGCUUUUGUAUAUACAUGAGGCAAAUAACACAUAUAAGAAUGUACAUUAGUUAUCUUCUAUAAAUACUUUAGAGCACAAACAUGGACCUGUUGGGGUUAGCCCCGACAACAUCUCUAGCCCCCUUCAUGGAUGCCUAGAAGGUUGCAUUAAACUGUCUUUCUAGUACUUGCUACUUGAAGAAAAACUUAAACUGAGGGAUGAGCAUAAUAACAAUUGCAUGUCUGUUAGAAUACCCGGUUUUAUGGUAGGAUUGGAUUUGUUAGAAUUGAUUGUUCUCUGUCCUAUAAAUUUGUUUGAUCACACAUCUCUCCUAAUUUCACUAUACGGUACCAAAGAGGUUAGAUAAUUUUAGAGUUGGGUUUGAUCCCUUGACAGUCUGUUUUACAGAAAAAAAUGAGUUGGGACAAUCUUGAGCAAAAGUUUGUUAGGCUUGUUAUAGACCAUUAUUGGCAAGUGUGUGCACUAUCUUAUCAAUUUUAUGUUCUACUGUGCUAUUCGUGACUCUGUUGAGUAGAUUAAGGUGAUGGAUGAAUAUUGCAGCCUUGCAGGCAACCGUGGGGUUAAAUUCGUUGUCGAUAGAAUUAAUAUUUCCUUAGUCUUAUGUUGGUGCCUCAUUAAGCUGGUUAAUUUGCGUGAGCACUCUCAGUAUUACUUAUCAUGUAACCGGAGGAAUGAAAUGGAGCUGGAAACCAAAUCUUUGCAGUCGGUACCUUUCACUAGAAUAUCCGAUCACCCGCUGUUGAAAAAUGUUGCAUGUAUUUAUACUCGGGUAAUGGGUCAAGUUGGUAAAGGAGCAGAUCUUGAAAUCUGAUGGCCGGGGGAUUGGUGAGGUGAACCAGGAAGAUUCCUUUGGGUUCAGUUGUAAGGUGUCCAGGGAAUGGGGCAAUCAUGACGUGACUUGUGUUUUUCGCGAGACCUUGAUGGAGAGCGUGGACUGCCACUAUCGAAAGAUGCAGCAUGAGGAAAUCCCAUGUGGUUUGUGAUUUGCGGAAAGAGGUAUCAACUGAUAGGUACAUCGACUGUAUGGAUGCUGCUCCUCACGGGAUUCUCAAGUGUUUGUCACCCUGAAGUUACUGGAACAAGGGCUUCUAUAUCGAGGGAGAUGUGGUACCAGUGAUGUUACAGAUUGCAGCGUGUUUUUUUUGUGAGAUUGCUGCUGGUCUCUAUAUGGGUUUACAUAACUUUGUUUAUGGAAGUUCUUGCGUAUGCUGUAAACCCCAAUCUUUGGACGUAUGGUGACACCUGCAUCACGUGAAUAUGAUUGAAUGGAAACCGCUAACCAAUUAUGAAACAA